AUGGGCUACGAAGUUGUAUUGGAAAAGGCACUCACAGACCUGCUUGUAAAUGAACUGAUCCAAAUGACGCAGGACGAGGAUUGUUUCGAACCGACCCAACUAAGUGUGGCCGUCGUGGCCGCCGGGCUUAGUCCCGAAAAUGACUUUUGGUUCACUCAGAACAGAGACGCGCCCUUGAGUUUCCAGACAAUGGCGCUCGCUGAAAUAUCCUGGAUGACUUUUCACGAUCAGCUUGACGUUCUUGGCGCUCUUGACGAAAGCGGCCUCGGAGCCAUUCGACCCGUCGGAGUCAAUCCUGCUUCGGUCAAUCGACUGGUCACCAGUGGUGCUGAAUUGAAAGAAAACACCGUAGAGGAGACUCGACUGGCUCGCAUUUAUCGCCGAGCUUAUUCGGCGUUCCCAUUGCGAGAUCUUUACAAUGAGAUCCCUGUUCACGAGAUUAGUGAGAAGUAUUCAGUCCCUCGAAGCCAGGUGCAAAUAUGGGCCCAAACUUGUCAUGGGUUUGCUGGAGAGACGAUCAUAUUUGGUGAAGGAUGGGCUGGAGUAUGCUCGCUGCGGUGCUCGAACAUAUGCUAG